UCGGUUUUUGUUUGUUCUGUAUUGUAUACAAUUUUCCUGAAUUGCUUUUGGCUUUUAUUGUUUAGCAUGGCUUCUUUUUCGGCCUUUACCCAUCAGUUGUCGAAUGAGCAGAUCGAAGAGCUUAAGGAUGUCUUCGAAAGGUACGAUAUGGACUCAAAUGGCACCUUAUCACCGACUGAGAUGCGUUUGGCUUUGAUUUCGAUGGGUCACGAGAUCUCUGAAGCAGAGCUAUACGAUCUCAUUCGUCCGGUGACUGCCAAUAAUGAGUCAGAAUUGGAUUUGCCCAAAUUUAUGCAAAUAAUGGCCCCCCACAUUGCCCAAGUAAACAGUGAGGAGAGUCUGGACCGGACCUUUAACCAACUCGAUCGCGAUCACGACGGUUUCGUCAGCAGCCAGGACGUGCGUGCGAUCAUGCUCGUCCUGGGAGCAGUCGUAACCGAUGACGAAACCAAGGACAUCUUCCGUGCAGUCGAUAUGGAUGGCGAUGGGCGCAUAAGCCGACGCGACUUUAUGAGCUUCAUGCAAAGCCCCCUAUAAACUUGGCCACGAUAAAAGUAAAAAAUUUGCCCAUGGCCAGUGUGCGUAAAAAACUUGCAUCCGCAACGAUUUAACACGAAAAACAAUUGCACUAAAUUGUUUGUCCAUUCAGCAAAAUAAAAAGAAAAUAAGUGAUUUUUGAAUAUCCUUAAAAAAUUCCGG